AUGGAAGAGCAGCAGCAGCAACAGUGGGAGCAGGCAAGCAGUACGAGAAGCAGCACCGCCACCACCCCAGCAAACUAUGUGCCCACCCCGUCUGCCGACUCGAGGUUGAGCCAGCGCAGCAUCUCCGCAGUUGACACUGCCACCACCUCCCCACUAGCCGCGCAGUACGGCGCGUACAACUCGCCCUCAAUCGCAACACGUGCGGCUUCCUUGGCCAUCUCAUCGCCGCCGGCGGAUCAGACUAUCGCACGCGAAAUGGAGUACAAUGGCGAUAUGGACGGGGACAUGCGUAUGGAAGAUGCCGAUCCGUACAACACGCAGAAAUACGCCCGCCCACCGACGAACCCAGACAGACUGUCCUCACAAUACCUCCCGGUACAACAGGACGAUGCACAGUCGAGGGCAGCGGCAAGAUACUCGCCAAUGAACACGUCGCCCACGUCGCCCUACACGUCUAGCCCGCAGCAGCAGGUCGGCGCUAAUCACUAUACCUCGUAUACCCCACAGCAGUCGGCACGACAAUCUCCAAGUCGGCAAAACCCGUAUAGCUCACCGACGCAGCAAAGAUACUAUACCUCGCCGCCUUCGUCCGGGCGAGCGAACAACUCGCAGCUGCCGCCCCUACAGCCUAGCAUGUCACCGAACUCGUCCUACUACCCGCAGUCCGCGACUCAGCAGCUCAAUGCAGUCUUCGGCACCGAACCAAAGUCACCAACAGCACCGCAAUUGCAGUCAGGCACGUUCGAAAAGGGUCCGGUACCGCAGUUUACCAAGUGCCAUGACGUGGCCGAGCUGCAGCCACGGAUAAACCGGCAGCCACCUUUCCGGAGAGCGAACCCAGAGGGCGGCUUCAUCAGUCCGCUACAAGCGCUCACAUCGCACUUGCCAUCCACUUACCGCAUCUGCAACCCAUCUUUCCAGUAUGAGUCUUCGAGAAACCCACGGAGAGUGCUCACGAAGCCCAGCAAAGGCGUGAAGAAUGAUGGGUACGACAACGAAGACAGUGACUACAUUCUCUAUGUCAAUGACAUUCUUGGCUCGGAAGAGACGAACCACAAGAACCGAUACCUGAUUCUGGAUGUGCUAGGGCAGGGCACAUUCGGACAGGUCGUGAAAUGCCAGAACCUGAAAACGCAGGAAGUGGUGGCGGUGAAGGUGGUGAAGAACAAGACCGCAUACUUUAACCAGAGCAUGAUGGAAGUGUCUGUGCUGGACUUAUUGAACGGACGGAUGGACAAGAACGACGAUCACCACAUCCUGCGGCUCAAGGACACCUUCAUACACCGGCAACAUCUGUGCUUGGUGUUCGAGCUGCUGUCUGUGAACUUGUACGAGCUGAUCAAGCAGAAUCAGUUCAGAGGUCUGAGCACGACGCUUGUGCGGGUGUUUGCACAGCAGCUGCUCAACGGUCUUUGCUUGUUGAGUAAGGCAAAGCUGAUACACUGUGAUCUUAAGCCGGAAAAUAUCUUGCUGAAGAACCUUGAAAGUCCGAUCAUCAAGAUCAUCGACUUCGGGUCGGCGUGUGAUGAGCGACAGACGGUGUACACGUACAUACAAUCGCGCUUCUACCGGUCACCGGAAGUGCUACUAGGCUUGCCCUACUCGGCAGCGAUUGACAUGUGGUCACUGGGCUGCAUCGUCGUCGAACUGUUCCUGGGACUGCCACUCUUCCCGGGCUCGUCAGAGUACAACCAGGUGUCGCGAAUCACGGAGAUGCUUGGUCUGCCGCCAGCUUGGAUGCUGGAGGUGGGCAAGCAGGCCGGCGAAUUCUUCGAGAAGAGCCAUGAUGAGUUUGGACGGAAGUCGUAUCGCCUGAAGUCCAUGGAGCAGUAUUCGAGGGAGCACGGCACGAAAGAGCAGCCGAGCAAGAAGUACUUUUCCUCAACCAGGCUGCCGGAAAUCAUCCGGAACUAUCCGAUGCCGCGCAAAGGCAUGAAGCAAAACGAGAUCGAAAGAGAAAUGGCCAAUCGCGAAGCGUUCAUUGACUUCGUGCAUGGCUUACUCAACAUCAAUCCGCUGGAGCGGUGGUCGCCACAGCAAGCGCGCACCCACCCUUUCAUCACACAGCAGAAGUUCACCGGCCCUUUCCAGCCUUCAAUGAACCUGAAAGUAACGAGCAGAUCACCGGCGCCGGGUGUACAGCAGCAACAGCAAGCAGAGGCAUUAUCCAAGCAAAGGGCAGCUCAGCAGCAGCAACAGCAAGCCGCCGCCGCACAACAGGCCGCAGCAUCAGCGUAUCACAUGAGUCCAGGCUAUCCAACAAGUCCACACAUUGCCCAGCAACAGCAGGCAGCGCAGGCAGCGCAGGCAGCAGCAAUGUAUGGGACUAUGUACACUCCCAACCCGCAAGGCGCGCCACCACCAUACCCGUCAAAUCCACCUUCGGCCUACGGCCAGCAGAUGCCGAUGAUCCAACCACCCCAACCAGCGGCGUCCAUGAAUCCCUAUGGCACGCAAACGCAGCCGAAUCUCUAUGCACAAGCUACGACCCGCGCUGGGCGACAACGGGCGAGCACAAUGGACGGGAAUGGGAUCCCCGCAGCGCUUCAGCGCGUGGUCAGUCAUUUGGAUCCGAACGCGCCGAUUAGAUUACAGCCGUCCCCCGCCUAUUAUCCGCCGCCGCCAGAAGGGCAGGCGACGAGUGAGGUUGGCAAUGUGGGUGGUCGACGUAGGACUAGCAGGGGCGCACGACACCCCGAUAACCGCAACUUUGUGCGGGUGCUUGAGGAUCGGACGCUUGAGGAGGGUUGGAACAGUGGUGGGAAUGGCUGGUCGGGCGGUGUGUGA